GAUCGCCCCAGUAGUUCAAACAAGUACCAAAGAACAAGCAUAUAUUAUUCGUGGUAUUCGAUCAUGCGCUAUUCCCUAGCCUCAUCGAUCCUUCCUCCAGUCGAGGCGUCUGGGAAUCCACAGCUGUGUGGAGCUUUGCAGAAUGAACAAACAAGAAGACAUCAGGAGGUCCAGAGUGAAAGCACGAGGGCUACGAAGAGGAGAAAAUGACCACCGGACCUGUAGAACGUCUCAUAGCAACGGCGGCGCUGAAUUUCGGAAACUACACUCCUACCCUACAGCAAAGCGAUCAAUCAGAGAUCACGUUGGAAAGCGCUACGCAUGCGGCCGUCAGGUGCCAACAGCCCGCUAUCCAGGUAACGCCUGUGAACCCUGCGCAGGCUCAAUCAGAACCCAAAGCUCUUCGUCCUGAGCCAAGUCUACCAAUCCGCCCCGAAUCGCACCCGCCAUCCGCACGAGCGUCUUCGCAGUCAUUGGAUCCCACCCGCUCGACUUCUAUCGGCAUUAUGCCAGCAAUUCCAGAAGAAGAAGACCCGCAUCGCGCAUACUUCGAGGAUAUCCUAAGUCACAAAGACCAACAGGAAUUCCGUCGCACCGGCUUUCAAAUCAGUCGCACCCCGAAAGAACUCAAUGAAGCGAUUGAAACUCUUAGGGCCCAAUCUAUCGAUCAAAGACUGCCGAUUAAUUAUCAGCAUGUCAUCCGCAUGGACGUAGAUCAGUUUGACGAACUCGUUGAACAGUUAUCGAGUGGUGAAACUCCGCUUUUGAAGAAGUCGGGCAAGCUUACGGCGAAGUACAAAUUGCUUCUCUUUAUGUACAUCAUAGCCCACGAUGCGCCCUUCAUUUCGACAGGGUUUUUACAUUCAUGUUUACAAAAUACUAUCGAAAGGUCCUUUUCUGAAGUCGUCGACUCACUUAUCCUAUUUGAGAGCCGUCUGGAUGUGUCAGCGGUACCGCACUUCAACCUGCACAAGGUUCAGUGGCGUACAUUGGAAUGGGACUGUCAUGACAAGAAGAAACGAAAGCUAGUCGUCUCCCAGGAUCUUCGAAGAGAGAUGCCUUGUACAGAGCAAGACCUUAAGAGGGCUAUCUUGGUAUUGAAUAAUCCGAUCAAGAACUACUAGUGCGUUGAUUGCGAAUAUAGGACCGAUAAGCUUGAUCAAGCUUGACCGACCCUCUACGCCUGCUAAGUCAACUUCACCAACUGCUCUGCGUCACCAAUGAGCAAACCCACCCAUGUACACCCAUCGUCUUGAAUAGCGAAAUACUAGACUGCGAGGCUUGAUCAUACGGCUAAAGUUAUAGCAGUCGUUCUCUUAUUAUUUUGACUAGCUUUAAUUUACCCGGCAUGUGAAGACAGAGUCUCCUCUCAUUAGCUACAAGACGAUCUAGGUAGAAUACUGAACGACGAAACAUCAGCUUUGGACGGGU